GCCCAAUUAGCACGAACGCGAGCGAGGAAAGCGAGUGCGGUGGCGGCGUCACCGUCGUGCUGCCCCUUCUUACCCUUGAGCCGAGAGAGAGGAAGGACGGAAGAGGCGAGCCGUGAGAGGAAACCCUCGUCAGCGGCGGUGGCGAUGCAGGCGGAGAGGAAGCGGAUGGCAGGGCUCUGGGAACGCGAGGUCGGCCGCAUCCCGCCCGAGCGCUUCGUCAACACCGUCAUGGCCUCCCAGGAUUUUGUGCGUUCUCUCAACAUACAGAAGCGGCUGCGGAAACACAGGGGCUGUGUCAACACCAUAAGCUUCAACUCGGACGGGAGCUUGCUCCUCUCCGGCUCGGACGACCGGAGUGUCACGCUGUGGAAUUGGGAGGAGGCGGUGCCGACCUUUGCUUUUCACACCGGGCACAGCAACAACGUGCUCCACGCGCAGUUCAUGCACUUCUCGGAUGACCGGAGCAUCGUCUCAUGCGCUGCUGAUGGUGAGGUGAGGCAUUCGCAGAUACAGGAAGGGGGUCGCGUAGUUACCGACGAGCUUGUUGAGUUAGAGUUCGCAGUACACAAGUUGGCUGUCGAACCGGGAAGUCCUCACACGUUCUACUGCUGCUGUGAAGAUAGCUCUGUGUGGCUUUUUGACCUCAGGGGGAAAGAUGCCGUGGAACUCUUUAAAUGUGAGGCUGCUGAUCAGUUCACAGGUGAAACCAUCGAGCUAUUUGCUAUCGCCAUAGACCCAAGGAAGCCCUGUUGUUUUGCAGUUGCCGGAUCUGAUGAGUAUGUGAGGAUAUAUGAUACCCGCAAGAUUUAUCUGGAUGGGAACUCUAGUUUUGGUCGCCCAACUGAGCACUUCUGCCCACCGCAUUUGAUUGGUGAAAACAAAGAUGGAAUAACUGGUUUGGCUUUCUCACAGAGAAGCGAGCUAUUAGCAUCAUAUAGCUAUGAUAACAUCUACCUUUUCUCGAGAGAGCAUGGGUUACACUUCAACAAUAUUGAGGUAGGUGAACGACUCCUGAUGGAUGAAACAGAGGGAGUCUGCCACAUAAAUACAGCCCCGUUACCUUUUUGUAGAGAUAAGUUGCCUAUACCUAAGACUUUCAAGGGACACCGGAACGUACACACCAUUAAGGGGGUUAACUUCCUUGGCCCAAACUGUGAUUAUGUUACCUCUGGAUCAGACUGUGGCCAUAUAUUUAUAUGGAGAAAGAAAGAUGGGGAGCUUAUUAGAGUGAUGAAAGGAGAUAAGCGGAUUGUAAACUGUGUCGAACAGCACCCUUCUGGGAUUGUUGUUGCAAGCAGUGGCAUUGAGAAUGAUAUCAAGAUUUGGGAACCUGGUGAAGGUGAAAACCCUGCCAUCGCUCACAUUGACGAGGUUGAGACAGAUCUAUGGCACUCCAGUAGCAGUGAUUCUGAUGGCUUUUUUUACUAUAACGGUUAUGAUUAUAUGAUGGACUCGGAUAGUAUUGAUUUAUAUAAUGAAAAUGAUGAGGAUGAUGAAGAUCAAGAUACAUCAGAGGAUACAUCAGAGGAUUCAUCAGACGAAGAUGGUGGUAACAGUACCAAAGAAGACGCUGAUGGUGAUAACAGUGGCAAAGACAUGAGCGAUGGCUGACAAAGAUGUAAUUGGUUUCCUUGUAGGUGAUCUUAGGAGGAGUGAGGCUCACAAACACGUGCGUAGUUAGGAUUCUCGAGAGUUUUUGUGUGAUGUCUUUUAGGUUACUGUUUAGUGUUCCUUUUCAGGCUAGCCUUUCACUUGUACAUAUUCUUCAGAAUUGAGAUAGUCUAGCAUCGUGAUGUAAAUGUCUUCGGAAAGCAAUUAUCCAGCGAGAGACUAACAUACGAGCAGCUAUGGGCAUAUGCUACUGGAUAUAGUAUUAACUUUUCAA